AUCGUCUGCCAGGAUAAAAAUCCAAUGUCAAUACUGACGGACAUUGUGUAGUGAAGUAAAAAUAGAGGAAAAUGAACAAAUUGAAAAUUUAAUAUACCGAUAAGUCACUCAACUCCAGGCGUUAGUGAUUUUAAUUUGUGGAGAAAGAUAUUUCAUUAAUCACUUUUGAAAAAAAAUGUGCACAAACGACGUCUACGUCUAGCACUCGAAAAUGCUGAUCGAUUUCGAUUCAGUUGCACUGCGCUGUCUACAGUAAGCAGACGGUUCACUAUUGAUUGGUAGACUCGAAUACACGAUUUCCUCAAUUAUGUGCUGUAUUGAUUGAGCGACAACUAUAAGAUGCCUGAACACUUAGAACUACAGCAGCUUGUGAUAAAUGAUUCAUCUAGUCGAAACUAUCGCCGAAUUCUACGAGGAUGGACCUGUCCGUACAUUGGCCUAAUCUUCGCCACAAUUUCUUCGCUGUUCUUCUCACUCUGUUCGGUGAUUGUGAAGCAUUGCGUGACCAUCAAUCCGGUUGAACUGGCAUCAUUUCGAUUCAUCGGCGUUAUGUUACCAGCGAUUCCCAUUGCAUUGUACACAAACGAACCAUUCUAUCCGAAGGGUCAACGGAUCAUUUUAACGCUUCGUUGCUUCAUUGGAUCGACGGGUUUGCUAUUGAGCUUUUAUGCAUUCCGUCAUAUGCCACUGGCGGACGCUUCUGUUAUAAUAUUUUCAACACCAGUUUUCGUGGCAAUAUUUGCACGACUGUUCCUCAAGGAGCCGUGUGGUCUUUUCAACGUGAUAACUGUAAUCGUGACAUUAAUUGGCGUAGUACUUAUAACUCGACCGUCGUUUUUAUUUUCCGAUGGCGUUGAAAGUUUGCUGGACGAAGAUCUCAUCGAUUCAACAUACAGUUCAAAUAUUUGGGGACCAGUGUCGGCAUUAUCAGCAACCUUAUUCGGAGCGAAUGCUUACGUGCUUUUACGAGCACUAAAAAGCGUCCAUUUUGCAGUGAUUAUGAGCAACUUUGGUGCAUUCGGUUUAGUCUACUCGAUUAUAAUUGCCGUUUGGCUGGGCGGUCUGUGUUGGCCCAUUUGUGGAACCGAAAGACUAUUGGUGGUAGCGCUAGCUGUAUUCAGUUUCUUCGGUCAAAUCCUAUUGACGUUAGCAUUGAAACUGGAACAGGCCGGUCCGGUUUCAAUAUGUCGAUCUUGUGAUAUUGUAUUCGCAUUCGUGUGGCAGGUGAUAUUUUUCAAAGAACGGCUGAACGGAUAUUCGAUCAUCGGUGCGGUCCUAGUGACGUUCUCGGUUAUUUGGACUGGAGUUAGAAAGUGGUUGAUUUCGCUGCCCAGAGAGUCAACGAUCCGGAAGAGAAUGAGAUUCGUCAUUUUGGAAUGAUGUGUAUACGCGUGUAUACGUGCGUGACCAAAGAAAGAGAGUGAAGGUUUUAAAAUCUCGAUCACCAAACCAAUACCAAACCAAUACUAGUCAUUAAUUUUAAACGCGUGUUGUAGGUGUGUUUUAGCUAUAUCUAACAUGAAAUGAAAUUACUUAAUAAAUUUGGUAUUAACAAAUAGUA